AUGGCAGUGAAGCGCAUUGAUGUUGAAAGUAUCCCGAAUUUAAAGCCACUCAGCAAAGGAGAAGGGAAUGAGCGACUGAAACUGAAAAUAGUUGAUUUCGAUGCUGAAAUAUUACGUAUGAAUUACGAGGCCCUUGGCUGCACGCAUAGAAUGGUCGCCGAAUUGGAGAAAAUGAACGAAGAAGGAGUUAUGACGUUAUCUGCUCUUGAAAAUCAAGACGAGCAAUUAGAUAAACUCGAAGCAAACCUUCACCAGAUAAAUGACGACAUCUCAGCGGUCACAAGUGACAUCACUAAAAUGGAACGUUGUUGCUGCUUUCCUAUAUUAUGUUUUCCUCUCAAACGUUUUCGUCGGAACAAAGAUAUAGAGGACAAUGCCCGAGCAGCCGUUUCAUCGUCUAUCGUUGUGAAGCACAGAUCGAGUCAAAAAUCAGGUUCAGGAGCAUUCCUAACCAGACUGACUGGCGCGGUGGUUGAAGACGAGAUUGAAGAUAACCUUCGACAGGUUAACGAGACGCUGGACAAUAUCAAACAUUUAGCUGUUGAUAUAAAUGUGCAGCUUAGCAUUCAGGAGCCGAAACUUGAUCGAAUACAGAGCCUGAUGGAAACAAGUGAUAUGGCAAUGGAUGGAGCUAAUGAAAAAGUCAAGCGAUUACUAUCAGACUGA